UCUGGCAACAUUGUUUCUGUUGAUGUGUCGUGAUUGUCCGACCUAAAAUAUCAAUAUUUUGGAAUUUAUGAAAUAAAAAUACUAAUUACUGAGAUAUAUUUCGUACUUAUUUACUAUUUAACUUAUUCUAAAAUUAUAUGUCACAGAAAUGGACGACAGGAACAUGGAAUCAAGCAGCUCAAUUUUACCAGACGAAUCAAACGACCACUCUAAGAGUAUUAUACACAUAGACGUCGAUUGCUUUUACGCUCAAGUAGAGAUGGUGCGGAAACCAGAACUUCAAUCCCUUCCACUUGGAAUCCAACAGAAAAAUAUCGUCGUGACCAGUAAUUAUGAAGCUAGAAAGUACGGUAUCCGGAAAUGUAUGCUCGUUACAGACGCGUUGAAAGUAUGUCCAAAUUUAAAAUUAGUUAACGGCGAAGAUUUACACGACUACAGGGCAGCUUCAAACAAAAUAUUUACAGUACUUCAAAGUUGGAAGUGCCCUGUCGAAAAGUUAGGUAUGGAUGAAAACUUUAUUGACGUCACAAACUUAGUACAAGAAAAACUGAAAACUGUAAAUAUAACGGCCAUCACAGUUUCUGGUAAUGUAUUUAGUGAGCCAACCCUGGAGUGUAUCUGUGGUUGCCACGCAAGGUUGAAGAUAGCAUCACAAAUAGCUAGUGAAAUGAGAAACAAAAUCUAUGACGAGUUAGGCUACACAACAUGUGCUGGUAUCGCACACAAUAAACUGUUGGCCAAGUUAAUCUGUCCAUUUAAAAAACCCAAUGACCAAACCACUAUUUUCCCUGAACACGGGGCCAGUUUUAUGUCUACAUUGCAAAAUGUUCGCUCAAUACCCAGUAUUGGAUCAAAAACCAUGGAAACACUUGUCACUCACAAAAUUAUAACUGUAAGUGAUCUACAAAUGGUCCCCUUGGAAAUACUGAAAAAACAUUUCAGUGGAGAUAUGGCUGUGAGACUGAAAAAUUUAAGUAUAGGUGUUGACAACACUCCAGUUAAGCAAACAGGACGGCCACAGAGCAUAGGAUUGGAGGAUAGCUUUAAAACUGUUAGCGUGAAGAGUGAGGUUGAAGAAAAAUUUUCUGCUCUAUUGCAACGAUUGCUAAUUUUAGUCAGAGAAGAUGGACGCAUUCCUGUUUCACUCAGAGUGACCUUGAGAAAGAAAGACGUAAAGAGGUUGAGCAGUCACAGAGAGUCCAGACAGUGUCAAGUGUCCGCUUCCAUUUUUACUAUUAAUAAUGGCACACUGACAGUUACAGACGCAGGACAGCAAAAAUUAAUGAGCAUAAUAAUGAGAUUAUUUAACAAACUCAUUAAUUUGUCUAAACCAUUCCAUUUAACUUUAGUGGGAUUAGCCUUUACAAAGUUUCAGGAGCGCAUGACAGGAAGGGGUUCCAUUGUAAAUUAUUUAAUGAAUGAUAUAUCUGUACAGUCUGUUCUUAACAUUCAGAAUGAUUGUGACACAUCAGCUUCCUCAAUGGAUUACUCUGCAGUCUCACCCAGCAGUAGUACAACUACGGAUCUCUCUGAUGCUGAAGUGGAACCAUCACCUAAGAAGCCUAAAAAAGUAACAUGGAUAGCAAAGAGGCGAUGUUUGUCCAAGGAAGAAGUUGCUUCACCUAGUAAGUUGAAAGUGGGUGAGCUAAGACUGAACUCGAGAGAAUUGGAAAAAGUUUCAGAACUAAGGCUAAGUUCGAGGGAUAGAUCUCUCACACCUCGGGCGAGUCCUGCAAAAGACAAUCUCUCAGAUACUUCUGACACCAUGAAAGACAUUGCAGAGGGCGGCAACUGUGACAACUGUCCCAGUUAUGUUGAUAAAGAAGUUUUCAAUGCUCUACCAGAUGAGAUGCAACAAGAACUCAAAGCGAUGUGGAAGAACCCUUCCAGCUCAGAGAUGGUGCCCAGAAGUAGCCCCAGAACAAUGAACAAAGGAAAACCCAACUCAAUCUUGAAAUAUUUUGUUCCACACAAAUAGUAUUUAGUAAGAUUUUAUCUUGUUAGUUAUGUUAAGUGAUAAGUGAAUGGUUUCUAUUUUUUCAAAUCAUACAAUUUUUAUUCAACUGAUCAAAUACAUGUUUAUGUUAUAAAAA